AUGGGGGAGGCGCUGGAACCUUUCUUCAUCUCUGUGGGGCUGCUGGUGUGCCUGGCCUACCUGGCAAAGUGGGCGAGAUGCUCCAAAUGUCUCUUCCUGCACUUCUGGAAAGUUUUGCCGAGGUCUUUCCUGAAGUCAAUGGGACAGUGGGCAGUGAUCACGGGCGCAGGCGAUGGGAUUGGGAAAGCGUAUUCAUUUGAGCUAGCAAGACAAGGCCUCAACGUUGUGCUGAUCAGCCGGACGCUGGAAAAACUACAGGCUGUUGCCGUGGAGAUUGAGAGGACUACAGGGAGUAGUGUGAAAAUUAUACAAGCAGAUUUUACCAAGGACGACAUCUAUGAGUAUAUUAAAGAAGAACUUAAAGGCUUAGAGAUUGGAAUUUUAGUCAACAAUGUUGGAAUGCUUCCAAGCCUCCUCCCGAGCCAUUUCCACAACACGCCCAACGAAAUCCAGGGCCUCAUCCAUUGUAACAUCACCUCAGUAGUGAAGAUGACCCAGCUAAUUCUGAAGCACAUGGAAUCAAGGAGAAAAGGGCUCAUCUUGAACAUUUCUUCUGGGGUGGCACUCUUUCCCUGGCCUCUAUACUCCAUGUAUUCGGCUUCCAAGGCUUUCAUGUGCACGUUUUCCAAGGCACUGCAAGCGGAAUAUAAAGCGAAAGGAAUCAUUAUCCAGGUGCUGACCCCAUACGCUGUUUCAACCUCGAUGACAAAGUAUCUCAGCACCAGCCUGAUAACCAAGACUGCCGAUGAGUUUGUUAAAGAAUCACUAAACUAUGUCACGAUUGGAGAUGAAACCUGCGGCUGCCUCGCCCAUGAAAUCAUGGUGAACUUUCUGAGCCUGAUUCCAUCAUGGGUCAUCUAUAGCAGCAGGUUCGAGAAAUUACUCCUGACUCGUUACACCAACUACCUCAAGCAGAAUACCAACCGCAGAUAA